CUUAUGUAAGAAAAACGGGUCAUGGAUACGAUCCAUCAUCGGCGAAAAAUCCAAAUAAAUAAACUCACCUGACCUAAACAAAACCCUAGCCCCAUUUCACUCGUUCGGCCGCAGCUUGAAGCUUCUUCACCAUGGGUAUCGAUUUGAAGGCAGGAGGUAAGUCCAAGAAGACUAAACGUACAGCACCAAAAUCCAAUGAUAUCUACCUCAAGCUUCUCGUUAAGCUAUACCGUUUCCUUGUUCGAAGGACUGAAAGUAAUUUCAAUAAGGUUAUCCUUAAGAGGCUUUUCAUGAGCAAAGUCAACAAGCCACCUUUAUCACUGUCUAGGUUGAUUCGUUACACCAAAGGAAAGGAGGGUAAGAUUGCUGUAGUUGUUGGUGCCGUGACAGAUGAUAUUAGGGUUUAUGAAGUACCUGCAAUUAAGGUAACUGCUCUAAGGUUCACCGAAAAGGCCAGGGCUAGAAUUGAGAAGGCUGGUGGGGAGUGCCUCACCUUUGAUCAGCUGGCUCUUAGAGCUCCUUUAGGCCAGAACACGGUUCUUCUUAGAGGUCCCAAAAAUGCUCGUGAGGCUGUCAAGCACUUCGGACGAGCUCCUGGUGUGCCACACAGCAACACUAAGCCCUAUGUCCGUGGGAAAAAAUCACGAAAGGUUGAAGCCGCUAGAGGAAAAAGGAAGAGCAGAGGCUUUAAAGUUUGAGUUUUGGUCUCAAACAUCAAUGCCCUUUCCCAUUAUCAUAUCUCAUUAUCAUUGUUCUGUAUUGUUUUGUUUUCUCCCUUUGUGGUGUCUUGAACAAUUUGUUUUGUUUUUAGCGUCCUUCUCCCCCAAGUGGAAAAGGAAUGAAUGGAUCGGCUUUCGAACAAUUUUGAUUUAGAACAAACUUUCCUGUUAACUUUAGACAAUCAAUGAGUAACCUGUUGUUCUACAGUUUA